AUGAUAUUAAAUUAUUUUGUUCCUCCACAAGAGCGAUUCGAAUCUGAUUCAAUUGUGUCUUUCUUUCAUCUAUGUCUAAUUAUAAUUAUUGAUCAACCCUUUCAAAAACCAUCAAGUUCACCUUUUUUUAAUUGGUCAGCUGCAACAGACCUCACCCUGUUGCCAACAGCAUCAGCUGCAACUAGUACCAGUACUAGCAGUAAUUGGAGUACUAGUCCCAAUACACACAUGUUGGAACAUUUAGCUUCUUCAUCCUCAUCCUCUUCUUCUUCUUAA